AUUAAUUUGCUCAUCCAUCAAAUACAAAUGGACGACAACAAGAUGUCACCACGACAAUUGCGUUACUGUGCCGAGUCCCCAUCCGACGACCCUCCACCGACGCUAAUGGCAAAACUUCGACACUUGUGGAAUAAAAUAUUUUUCGCUGUAAUACGUGUCAUGAUAUUCUGUGACCAGCUGACAUUGUUGGGCCCAUUUGUGGUUGAACGCAAGAAAAGUUCGUCGGGGUCGUCACGCCUUCAUUUCCGCACCCAUCGCGUGUUCACCGGUGUGGCAGUGAGUUUUUGUGUGGGGCUCAUUGUGGUGACACCAUUUUUGGCCAAAAUUAUUCCCGAUCUCUAUGACACCUCGCGCAAGGAUCAAGAUACACUAUUCAAGAGAAUUGCCCAGUUCACUAUGUUAACGGAUGUGAUUGGAACUCUGCUGAUAAUGUCGGCACAAAUUUGGCAUCGCAACAAAUUGGUGGAGAUUUUGAAUUCAUUCGUUGACAUAACAGAGAAAAUGCGUUUUUACGAACACGAUUUUAUAAAUUUCAAAACCUUUUUGGCUCUGAUGGUGAAGGUUGGCCUGACCUGUUAUGAUCUGCUGAUGUGUUUGCCGUUUUUGUUUACCGGGGCAUCACGUUUGUCGGGAACUGAUAUUUGCGCCUUUGUGGCCCUGGUGGCAAUGCAACAUUUGACCUCGAUCUUCGGCCUUGCCAUAUUUACGGCAAUUUUAGGCCUGCUCACAAUGUCACUGCAAUUGGAACGCCAGCUAACCCAUUUUGAAAAUAUUGCCAGUAAUUUGAAAAUGCUACGGCUUAUCACGCUGCAGAACGCCUUACAGCGUUUAAUUUCGCUGUUCGUCAACACCUUGCAGUUUGGCAUCUUCAUAAUGAUGUUGAUUAAAUUUAUUACCAUUCUCUGUAAUAUUUAUGCCUUCUUGGAUUACUAUGUGACCACGGAUCGGGUGUAUACCACUUUCAUUAUGUAUCUUGUGAGCGUAUCCUUGGAACUGUAUUCAAUUAUCCUUAUGGCAUAUCUGUGCGAUCGUAGCCAGCGUAAAAUGCCCCAGAUAUUUAUCAUGGUAGAGUCGAGUGUCCUGUGGCCCCAAAUCGAAAAGUUUUCAAUUUUAAAUUUAUUUAUUUUGCACAAUGAAUUCGCUUUGUUCUUGUUAGCUUAUUCGAUUAAUUUUCUUGUCAUUAUAUUGGAAUUUGAAAUCACUAAAGCUGGUAAGCGGCUAUAG